UGAACAUUAUUGGACACUUAAAAUAGCACCCACAGUCAGAAGUUAUACAAAACGUUGUUGAUCCUUAUUCUUGUUCUCUUUCAUUAAUUUCACAGUUCUCAGGAAAAUCUCAACGGAUAAAGACGUUCACAAGAUUGUCGAAUAUUUGUGCCAUGAAAUCGAUUAUUACUUUUGUAUUUGUGCUCAGUUUCUUGAUUCUGAGUGUUGGAGCGGGAACGAAGGAGACUGCCGAGCAUGAUUUUAUUUACAAGGCUGCCGCACAGGUGAGCUGAAAAUGGAUGAAACGUCUUCUUCUAGCCCCAGCCAAAGCAAGUCUUUUCUUGCAAGGCGAUCAAAAAUGAUAAUUUUCUAUACCCAUCUGACGUUUGAAAACGCAUUCAAGGACCAUAAGUUACCUUACAAAUCUGUCUUAAAUGCCAGGCCUUGUUCCCCUAGAAUGUGAAAACCGUGAUAAACAGUUGUGAUCGAUAUAAAGUUGAAACAGCAGGCCUCGCUUAGUCCGCAGUAGAACUAGCUGAGUCGGUAGUCUAAGAGCACUUGUGUCUCGGCAGAGUGGGAGGUCGCGGGCGGGUUCGAUUGCUACGGUGACCGGACUAAUAUUCCGGGUCUUAAAGUAACCGAGAAAUAAUAGGUACUGCCUUUGCCCUUUGCAAACGGUUGGCUCUGAUGACCUCCUAAAAUGGCGAUCCCGACAUCAGUAGGUGACGUAAUUUAAGCAUGAUAGCGUCCUCAAUUAUUACUUUCGUGCUGAAUGCUCCCUUGUGAUUUCAAAACUCGACUAUUGCAAUAGUCUCUUAUAUGACAUCCCAAACUACAAGAGAGAUAAGUUAUAAAGAAUUCAGAAUACCGCGGCUCGAAUGAUAACAGGUGCCCGCAGUUCUGACCACAUAACACUUAUAUUAAUAAAGAGCCCGUUGGCUACCUGUGGAAGCAAGGAUUAACUUUAAGAUUCUUCUUAUCACAUAUAAGACAUAUAAAAUCUUGAAUGGACAAUCUGCUGGGUAUCUGGAAUCUCUGAUUAAGGAAUAUUGUUUAUCAAGAGCACUACGAUCGUCAUCCCGUUCGCUAUUAUGCACCCCAGCCAUAAAAUCUAAAACAUAUGGAGGACGCGCGUUUUCCACUGCAGCCCCUCAGAUAUGGAACACUGUAUCCCAGAAUAUGUCAAAAAUGCAGACAGUGUUGCUAGAUUUAAAACAAAACUUAAAACAUUUUUAUUCAGGAAAUAUUUCUACUGAUUUUUAUGCCUAACGUUUUCUUGUUUUUUUUUUUUGGUAUUUAAAAGUUUACGAUACUUGAUUUAUAAUAUGUCACAUAGGCUGGAGAUUUUUCUUAUUUUUCUCUUUUUCUCAUCAUAAUGUAGAGCGCAUUGGGGACAGAAAUGUGCGUAAUAAUCACCUAUAUUAUUAUUAUUAUUAUUAUUAUUAUUAUUACUAUUAUUAAUGCAUUGACACUCAAAGAAAUUCCUCAAACGGUUUAAACUUACAAGCAACUCACUACUGUUAUAAAGCUAGUGCCGUUGCAACUAAGUAUUAGAUUGUCGCUGUGCAUUUGUCAUCAGAGAAAGGUUUUUUUCACAACUGCAAAAGUUGCGUCUCUGCACUGCAAUGAUCUUCUUUCAUUUCAACCCUCAGUUCUUUUAUAAAUGAUUUUUAUGUAUUUAUUAUUUCAUCUUCAUCUUUUCUUUCGGUGGGGUAUGCAAAGAGUAACAAUUAAUGAAUGAGGCUGAGAAUCUUUUGAAGAAUUAUGAAGAUCGAGGAGGAUAUUAUCCGUUGAGGCCGUGGGCCGAGGCGGAUAACACCCUCCGAGAUUUCCAUAAUUGUUCAUAUGAUACGAAAGACGAAUUCAAUAAUUGUUUUAUUAUUCAUUCAAAAUAAUUCCUAGUCUAAAAACAUGGCUAAAACAUGCUUACCUCAAUCGAUCCAUCAAUGUUAAGUUCAUCUUCGAUAGUGCACGUUUAGUUCGAGUUGUCUUCUUGCUGUUCUUGCCAUGUUUUUAGCUAUUAUUUCGCUUAGUUCUUAUUCUUGAAACGAGUCAAAUGUCCGCCAUUUUUGUUUUCACAUCCAAAACAACUCAACCUCGUCCCCAGGUCUUCUUGGUUAACGCUGCAUUAACCUGCAAAAAAGCUGCACUUUUGACGUCAUCGGUUCAUUAAACGCAAAAUUCUUCCAAAUUUGGUUAUCAGUAUCUGGUUAUGGUGAAUUAUGCGUGUGCUUUUAGCCUAUCAGAAUCGGGGAAAUAUUUUGAAUCAAUAAUAAUUAACUAAUUAUCAACUAUUAAUUAUUAAUGGUGUUGGGCAUAAAUAUAACAUUGUGUUUAAAUAUUUUGAUAUUUAAAUUGCAGAUUUGUAAACCUUACUUUCUCAAAUGUAAACAGAAUCCAGAAAAAGGAAUAAGUGACUGCUUUAAGGAUGUCUACUAUCGCUGCUUGCCCACGGUGCGUUUACUUCUUGUCCAACCAUAUUUCCUUUUUCGCUGUUUUCGCCUUUCUAGUUGCUCAGGCUGAGAGGAGGAGGCGAGGGGAAGGGGGGGGGGGGGGGGUGGUUGGUGAGGCGUAGCAGUCCAUUCCUAACGCGUUGAAAGAUAUGCCACUAUGUUGCCAUCAUUUCCCAACACUAUAGUGUGGUCUCCUUCGAACUGGUGCAAAAGAACGUCCACUGACGAAUUUUGGGAUCAAAAAUGAUGCAAAGACGUUAAAAUCGUAUCUUUAGUGUAAGAUUUACAAUAAGUGUUAAAAACCUAAUUCAAACUCACAAACGGAAAACCUGACCCAUCAAGCUAUUACGAUAUAUAUAUAUAUAUUUAUUAAAAACUGAAUCAUUGGAUAAUGCAAUUCUAGAGCUCUUAUUGGCUUAGCCAUUAUGGUAUAUGAGCCAUUAUACCAUGCUCUCCAUAUAUGGUCGGUGUACGCGUCAGUUUAAAAUUGGAAGCUAGCUGAGAAGUUUUUUCCGCGAAGGAUAGAAUGGCGCCCGAAGCAAAUCGUUUUAAUUCAUUUCUUAGAAUACUAGAAAAUGCAAUUUCAUCGGGAAAAUAACAAAGAAACAAAAGCCACAAGAGCUUGUUUGAAAGUUUAACGAAAACACAUGAAAAUACUUGGAACUAAAGUACCUUGACCAGCUACGAAAGAAGACAAGUGUUGUUUCUUCAUGAUUGCGAAGCGACUCGCCGAUUCACUCGCCGAUAGAUAACUGCGGCUUGUUUAUCCGACAUGAAGAAUAUAAAUCACAAGCAACCAGAAUACAGGCUAUGCAGCCAUUCACUACAGCAAUCGAGGCGUCAGUAUCGCUUCUUUUUCUCGUUCAGCAAAACCAGCUGGUGGCUUCAAACAACUUCAUAACAAGCGACCGGGGUAAUAGUUUUUCUCAGUUGUUCUUACUUUUGUAACUGCAGCGAAAAUCCAAAUUUACAGUAAUUUCGACGGCUGCUACUUAAAAAUUCUUUUUCUUCACAUUAUCUGCCAGGUUUUUUAGCUGUCCUGCUGUGUAAAUUCCUAGAAUUUCGAUGAGUUUUUUUUAAAAAAAAAGAGUUCAUCGCUACAAUGUUUUGAUUUUUCAUUCAGUCCGUUCGCGCGUUGACAGUUUUGAUAGACUUGUGACAUGUGAAUAGCGGAAGUCCCUUGUCUUUUCCGGUUUGUUCUAACAAAAUUCAACGAGAUUUUGUGGGGGUUUUUAAUAAAACAAUUAUUCCACUCGCGCUUGUUGGAUAUGAGAUAAUUAUAGCCAACUCGGCGCUACACUACUCGUUGGCUAUUUACCAUCUCAUAUCCAACGCGCCCUCGUGGAAUAAUUGUUAAAUAUACAGUGAGCUGUAUAAAAGUGGGGAAAAAAUACCACCUAUGUUUCUAGAUCAUAGCUAAACGCUUUAAUAGGUUAUUAACUGAAAAGUGAAAAAUGUAAAGGCACAGAAAGAAAGAAAGGAAGAAAGAUAAAAAUGAACAAAGAAAGACUUUAAAACGACACUGCCUAAGUUAAGGUUGCUAGUUCCGUCAAGUGCUUUUAAAUUUGCUUGAUUUUUUCUGUUUUUACUUAGUAUCGAAGCUGGCUUCAGUCCGUGGAACAAUGCGCUUCUACCGCAGGUGAAGAUUUUGCAGCUGUUCUGGGUUGUGCUAAGGGCUCCAAUCUAGCCUGACCAUUACAGCAAUACAAAUGUUAAUAGAAAAGCUACAAGUCAAAAGAGUUAUACAGCCAGAGGAGAGCAAUACGUCUCUGUAGAAAGUAUCAUACUAAAUAACCCUUCAAUUCUUUGAUGUCUCUGUACUCAUAAAAGUGCGUCGAAACUGAAAUACAGAUCUUGCAAUUCAAAGCGAUCACUUGUUUUUUUUAAUUUAUAACUCUCAAUCCCUUUCCUCCUUUAAGAAAAUACUGAAGAUUAAAUUAUUAAGUAACCCUGAAAACCGAUCACUGAAAAAUUUUUCCAUCUUCGCCUUCGGCAUCUUCAGUCUUCAAUUGAUCUAAACAACUCUAGCACGUAGGUCGAGGAGGCCUAACCUAUCAUAAGCUCCUAUAGUUUCUGUUUGGUCUCCUCGCCACGUACUUCUUUUUUCUA